CUGCUGCUGCUGCUGCUCUGCGGGGCGGCGGGGCUGGGGCGCGGCGGCGCUCCCCGCCUGCUCCGCUUCUCCGGGCAGGUGCCCGAGAACAGCCCGGCGGGGACGCGGGUGCGGGGCUUGCGGGUGCCGCUGCGGAGGCUGCUGGGCCCCGGGGAGCCGGCCGGGGAGUGGGCGCUGGAGGGCGACGGCGCCUCCCGCUUCUCCCUCCAGCGGCGGGCGGGCGGCGGGCGGGGUCUGCUGCUGCUCCGCACGGCCGAGCGCCUGGACAGGGAGGCGCAGCCCGAGUACGGGCUCCGGCUGCGGCGGCGGUGGCGGGCGGGACGGUCCCCCCGGGAGGCGCUGCUGCGGGUCCGGGUCCUGGACCGCAACGACCACCGGCCGCGCCUGCCGCCGGCGCGUCCGCUGGAGGUGGACGAGCUGGCCCCGCUGGGCACGGAGGUGGCCCGGCUCCGCGCCUCGGACAGCGACGAGGGGGCCAACGCGCGCCUCACCUACCGCCCCUGGCCGCCGGGCGCCGGCAGCCGCCUGCUCUUCGUCGUGCCCCGCAGCGGGCAGGUGCUGACCGUGGGCUCGCUGCUGGGGCUGCGCCGGCUCCGCCUCUGCGUCGCGGCUCACGACCACGGCCGGCCGCGGCCGCUGCGCAGCCCCGCGCGGUGCCUGCGCCUGGCCGAAGAUGAUGAAAUGGUGGGAGGCUUUGAGCAUCCAUUUUUUAUCUGA